AUGAAUUCUGAAUGCAACAUUUCAUUUAUUGAUAUAAUGAGAAUUUCUUUAAUAAGAAAACGGAUUAUAAAAAAUUAUUUAUCUAUAUCUGAUUUAAAAAAUCUUUCUCAAACAUGUCAAUGGAUGAAUUAUUUAGUUAAUAAUGAAAAUGUUUCAAGAAAAAUGGUAUGGUAUAAUGAUAUGCCACAUAUGAAAAUUCAUGUACCUGGCCAUGGAUUUUUUAAACCAUUAGGAAAAAAUAAUUUAAAUGGUGUUAUAUUUGAAAAAGAAGAUAGAUAUCCCUUUUUUUUAAAAGAGAAAAAGAAGUUUAAUAAGGAAAUUAUAAAUAUUGGAGAUUGUAUUUGUUUAAGUGUUGAAAAUAGUACUGGAAAUUUAAGAGACAAAGAUAACAAAAUUGUUGUUAAUAAAUUGAGUAGUGAAAUUAACAAUAUUUGUAAAAUACGUAAAUAUGCUAUAACUCUUCGUUUUAUGGAGUAUUGUUUCUAUAAUGAUUUUAUCAUAAUUCAUAUUUUAAGUUAUUUAAAACAUAGUAAUAUAAAAUCAAUUCAUAUCCCAUUACAUAGUUUAAUGUUUGGAUCACAAAAAUAUAAUGGAUUAAAAGAAGAUAUUUUUGAAGGUUUCAAUCAACUUAAUGAAAUUGUACUUUUUAGUUCACCUGCCAUCAACGCAAUUACUACUUUUGUCAAAAAUAGAACAAUCAUAAAUCACAUUUUCAAAGCUUUUUCAAAAGUAAAAAAUGCAACAUUAGUUUUCAGGGAUCUUGGAUGUGACUAUAAUUCAAUAACUGAUUAUAUUCAUAUGAUUUUGGAGAUUGCUGUGAAAUAUGAAAUAAAAAUUAAAUGGGAUAUUACUUCUACAUUUGAAUUUUUUAAUGCUAAAAGAAAUGUGAAUUGUUCAAUUAUAAAUUGCAAUCAUUUUCCAUUACAGAAAUUUGUUUCCUCUUUUUCAGUUAAUAUUACAAACAUUGAUUCAUUUUUUAAUGUUAAAGAAAAUUUAAUAUAUAUGGAAAAUUUAGAAACUCUAAAAUUAAAGAUUUAUGUCUCAGAUUUUAAGAUGAAACUUUUAAAUAGAAAUUGUGAAGAAUUUUCUUUAAAAAAUUGUAAAAAAUUGAAGAAAAUUAUAUUGGAUUUUAAAUCAAGUAGUAUUGAGUUAGAAACCGAAAUACUUCAUAAUGAUUUAAAAUAUCUUGCAUCAUUGAUGCCUGAAUCAGUUGAAAAGUUGGAGUUACACAAUUGUUAUGAAUUAACUAGAGAAGUAACCGAAGUUAUAAGUAAAUACAUGCCAAACAUUAAAGUUAUCAUAGCAAAUAAUGUUUCAUACAGCGAUUAUGAUUCUCUUGAAUCUUUCAAAAAUUUAUUGGCUUACAUUUCUCGUAAUAAUGUUUUUAUUAAAAUCCCAAAUACAGUUCAACUUCUUGCUGUUGGAAAUGUAAAAAAGUUGUCAUUUUUAAAUGAUCCACCUUUGAAUGAAAAACAAGUAAAUGAAUAUUCGAAAAGAUUUUCAAAAAAACUUUCAAAUAAUAAAGAUGACUACAUCUUUUUUAAUAAUAUUUAUCAAUGGGAUAUGUAUAAAAAUUUACUUCUAAAUAAUUUUAUAACAUUUUAA